UCGACAGGAAAAGGCGGGCUCUCUAUAAUCCGAGCGAUUGGCUGAUAUUCGCGUCAGUCUUUACGAAGGAAGGGGUUGUGGGUUUGUCUGUGGUCUGUGCAGGAAUUGAAAUCGCUGUGUGAAUCUCAGUUUCCGCGGCAUAGAUUGUGCUUGUAUUUUUCUAAAACCAAAGGGGUUUAAAGAGGAAGGAAAGAAAACGUCAAGGAAGAAAAUGAAAACAAGAAACCGAAACAAGGGGACGGCGAGACGCUCCACCCGUAACAAUGAAGCAGGCGGGGCAACUGAGGAAAUCUCUCCUGACCCGAAGACGCACACGGAAAUCGAACAUUCCCAAAUUAAAAGGGAGGCGCUUGAUGUGCAGUGUGCCAACAUUAAUGGGGAGGCCACUGAGCUGGACUGCAGCCACAUUAAAGGGGAGGCCACUGAGCUGGACUGCAGCCAUGUUAAAGGGGAGGCCAUUGAGCUGGACUGCAACCACAUUAAAGGGGAUGCCACUGAGCUGGAGCCUGUCCCCACUAAAGAUGCUGCUGUGGGCAUCAAAUCUAAAAGGGCUCGGAAGCCGUGUCUGUGCUCCGAAUGCGGGAGGAGUUUCGGUAAACUAGGAGACCUCCGGAGACACCAGCUGAUCCACACGGGAGAGAAACCGUUUCCCUGCUCCGACUGUGGCAAGAGCUUCCGACGCAAGACCCACCUGAGCUCCCACCGGCUCAUCCACACGGGAGAGACUCCGUUUCCCUGCUCCGACUGCGGCAAGAGCUUCCGGCACUCCGGCAACCUCCAGAAGCACCGGCAAAUCCACACAGGAGAGGUUCCGCAUGUCUGUGAGGAGUGCGGGAAGGGAUUCCGACAGUCUGGGCAUCUGAAACUGCACCGGAGGACCCACAGCGGGGAGACUCCAUACGAGUGCAUUGACUGCGGGAGGCGUUUCGGGCGGCUCCAGUACCUCCGCGUUCACCGGAGAUCCCACACCGGCGAGAGCCCGUACUACUGCAGCGACUGUGGGAGGCUUUUCAGAAGCCUGGGCAACCUUCAGUCCCACCAGAGGAUUCACACUGGGGAGAAGAAUUACCACUGCUUGGAGUGCGGCAAGGCGUUCCGCCAGUCCAGCGUGCUCAAGAUGCACCAGCGCACUCACACAGGAGAGACGCCUCACAGCUGCCCUGACUGUGAGAGAAAGUUCCGGAGUGCCGGUGGCCUUGCGGUCCACAGACGUGUGCACACGGGAGAGAGACCAUACAGCUGCUCUGAGUGCGGCAAGAGCUUCCGAGAAUCUGGCGUGCUGAAGAGACAUGAGAGAAUUCACACAGGAGAGAAGCCCUACAGUUGUACGAAGUGCGGUAAGAGCUUCAGCCAGCUGACCUCAUACAACACACACCAGCGCCUCCACACGGAGGAGAAGGGGUUCCACUGCCCCGACUGCGGGAGGAGCUUCCGACACGCCAACACCCUGGCGGGACACCGGAGGAUCCACACGGGAGAGACUCCGUACGAGUGCACGGAGUGCGGGAAGCGGUUCAGGAACCCAGACAACUUAAAAGUCCACCAGCGGGUUCACACUGGAGAGAAGCCCUACAGCUGUGGGGAGUGUGGGAGGCGCUUUGCCACGGCCACCAACUUGAAGACCCACCAGCGCACCCACAGCGGAGAGAAAGGGUACGUCUGCUCCGACUGUGGGAAGAUGUUCACUGAGCCGCACCACCUCAAAUCUCACGCCCGACUCCACACGGGAGAGAAACCGUUUCCCUGCUCCCAAUGCGGGAAGAAGUUCCGACACUCCUACGGGCUUCAGACUCACAAGAGGAGUCACAGCGAGGAAGCCCCUUACCACUGCCCCGACUGCCCCAAGCGGUACAAGCACCUGGGGGGCUUGAAAACCCACCGCCGCCUCCACACGGGGGAGAGACCAUACAACUGCAGGGUGUGCGGGAGGAGCUUUAAUCAGGUGACCAAUCUGAAGACCCACGAACGCCUUCACACGGGAGAGAGGCCAUACAGCUGUGCCGACUGUGGCAAGAGCUUCAACGAACAGCACCAUCUAAAAACACAUCGGCGCAUUCACACUGGAGAGAAGCCCUAUCCCUGCUCCCAAUGCGAUGAGACAUUCAGACACUUGAACAGCCUGCGAAGGCACGAGAGAGCUCACAGGGAGUGAGCUGUUUUGAAUCACGCUAGCAAUUUCACACUUAGAGUUAUGCCAGUGCAUUACAGCUACGGCCAAAAGUUUUGCAUCAUCACCCUAUAGAAGGAACUAAAUUGUCUUCAUAAAGUCGAAUGAAUCCUGCUGAAUAAUGUCACUUUUAACAUAUUGAAUUGCAUACCCUUAGUAGUUGUCCAUGUACUUGGCGUAAAAAAACUUUUUUUGGAUUACAUACAUUGUGAUUUUUGUUAAAGCAGAAAGUGGAUAUUUGUCUGAUUUUGUUCAAUUAUAUAUAGCUUUAGUAGCAUUUUUAACCCUUAGCAGUCCAUUUAUUCAGCUCGUCUCAGGCGCGUCCGGUCCAAUUUAUUUUCACACGCGCAGUUUAUUUUAGACGUGCUGUUUAAAUGUUUUUUUUCACAGUAAAACAGGUUUAAAAGGCUCUGCAUAUCAACAGGACACUCAAUACUGCAUCUCCAGCCCCGACCCACCCCUUGUUCGCUAUAUUUUUCAAAUACCUCUUAAUAGUGCACACCGAUACAUCAUCUCUAGAUCACUCGUUUUAUCACCAAACUCCUCAAUAAUGCGAUCCAAGUCAUUAUUUUAUUACUAUAACAUCUAAAAAAAACCUCUGCAAAUGUCUGUGAUGUUCUUUUGAAUGCUGGAUGCAGAAGCAGCUAUCUUGUUUGUUUAUGUCCGUGUUAUCUAUGUGGUGUCGGGGCUAUGAGUAUUCAUGAGAUAUACCUUUUUCUGCCAUUGAAUGGUUUUGUCUGCUUUUCCAGGGGAAAAAAUGACUAGAGACCUGUUUUUUUGCGUCUUUUUGAUGAUGUUGGACAGUGUCCGACAUUGGACAGGAAAGGGUUAAGCAGUGUAUAUAUAAUCUGAAAUAAAAACACAUUGGAAAUGUGAAAUGCAAAGUUAGCAAAAGUGCCCAGCCAUUUAAAGUAGAGAUAUCAAAAACACAAGCCACAUUUCAGGAAACUUUUGGGGCAACCUUGCCCAGCACAAAGCAAAUAGGCACAACUGUAAAACCGAUGGGGGUCAAGGUUGCCCCAAUUGUUUCUACUAACUUGGCUUGUGUUUUUCAGGCACACUAAAAGCGGCUCAAAUGCAUGAAAAACACAAGCCAAGUUAUUAGAAUCAAUUGGGGCAACCUUGCCCACCCCCAAUUGUGCCUAUUUACUUUAAAUGGCUGGGCACUUUUGAUAACUUGGUGUAUUUUCACAUUUCCAAUGUGUUUUUGUUUCAGAUAUGUUUCUUAAGCGAUAGUGCCCAUCAAUGAAGGCUCUACCGUCUGACAGUGACCACAACUGGAGUUAUGCGUCCUGAGCCGAAGACGAUGGCGCUAACGAAAGUCGAGGUCCACUACCCCACGAUACAGCCUUCAUUGAGAGGGCACCGUCGCAGUUAGAAAACAAGUCUCAUUAUUUUCUAUUAAAAAAACACUUUGAAACCAACAUUUAACUUGAACUGGUAAUGAUUCGCCGGGUACCCUCCAGCGAAGUUGUUUUAGGAUAGUAGCCCCAAAAAUGUUCAUAAAGGAUCGCACACAUAAUUUGAGAAACAAAAUUUACUUUAUUAAAACAAAUAACGCUUUGUUUUUGUUGAAAGAUUCUGUGUCUGAGCUGCAGUCAAGUGGACAGGCUGUGAUUGGCUGACUCGGCAGUUACAGGUGCAGGAUUGAUUGCUUUUGUCGAUGCAAAGUAUUGAUUGGCUGGUUUUGGGUGGAUAAGUAAUGUAAUUUGUAACAAUUGUGUGUUUGUUUAGUAUUUGCUGUCCAAUAGAUGUGAACUAAGCUUAAAUACAGCAAGUCAAAAUGAAAAAGCCAGCACUUGUGCAGAUUGAUUUUAAAUUUGAUUCACAGGUUAUGUGGUGACGUUCCAGCAGGUAUCUACUGUGUAGUAAUGCCCACUAUAGCUGGAAGCUGACUGGCUGAUUAUACUGAAUAGUUUUCAAAUGUUUUUUUUUUUUUACUGCAAGUGUUUCUUAGCACUAAUCCACACUAUGUGACUGUUGUAAUACGUUUAUACAGCGUAAAUAAAUCUGUCAAGAAAGUAGCAGAUUACAACUUCACUAUAUUUUACUACCCUUGGUAGUCAUGUUUAGAAAUAAACCCAGUGAACGAUAUCUGUUUAUGUUUGUCAUCUGUAAUUGCAAGACAGAGGUUUCAAUAAAUGCUUGAUGCAUUAUUAUAAAUCGUUGAAUGUUUUUCCCUCUGUAAUGAUGGCAUCCUUGCUGGCGAACACAUUUUUCUUGGAGCAGGCCUGGGCUCUGUUAUAAUUACAUUUACAACUACAGCAGAAUUGUUUGCUGAAAUGGCAAUUCCAGUAGCAAUCACGCUGCAGUUCUAAUUCCAUUUAGGGCUGCAACAAGGGUGCAUUUUGACCUUCGAAGGUUCGG